UAUGGCCAAGACGAAAGAGCUGUCGAAGGACACCAGAGACAAAAUUGUAGACCUGCACCAGGCUGGAAAGACUGAAUCUGCAAUAGGUCCUGUCACUAUGUCCGUGACAGUAAGUUCCUCUAAAACCAAAGUUGAGGUCCAUGAACACACAGAUGCUGUACUCUCCUGCAACUUCCGCACUGAGAAAGAGCAGAACCCUCGAAUAGAGUGGAAGAAGAAAGGAAAAGCUGUGACCUUUGUCUACUUCAAUAACAAAUUUACCAGCGCCUACGCAGGGCGGGCUGAGAUGGACGGUGCCUCUCUGACCAUCCACUCGGUGACAGAGAAAGACUCUGGGGAAUAUCGCUGUGAGGUGACUGCUAGUGAUGACCACGUCAGCUUCGGAGAGGCCACGGUGACACUUGAUGUACAUGUACCCCCGCAUAUCCCGUCUUGCGAGGUUCCCCGCUCCGUGUUUGUAGGCUCCGACCUGGAGCUGCUGUGCAAAGACAAGCAGAGUGUGCCCCCGGCCACAUACAGCUGGUACAAAGACAACAGGGCCUUGAAGGUCUCGUCCGACACGCCGUACAGCAUGGACACGCACAGAGGCACGCUGAAGUUUACAAGCGUAUCCAAGGUGGAUUCUGGGAUGUAUCGCUGCGAAUCCUCCAACAGUGUUGGGUCACCCAAGAGUUGUGUGGCACAACAACUUAAAGUUAUUGACUAUCCAGUGGAUAUUGCUAUCUUGAUCGCUGGUGCUUCAGGUUUUGUGAUUCUCACACUCCUCUGCUGCAUCUGUGUGUGUGUAUGCCGACGUCGAGGAUGCUGUAAGAAAGAAAAGAAGACAAAAAGCACCAAGUCGUACAACCCUCCUCCUCCUCCACCUAUUCACAACAUCAAGACAUACAAACCAACUCAGUCCUUCAUGAUCUAACAUGUGAAAUCUUGUCAACCAAUUCAGAAUUUAGCAUUUCUUCCUCAAUGUCCUGGACUGUUUAGCUCGCCCAUGCUGGUAUUUUCCUAACGACCAAAACUUAAAGCAGACUUUUCAUCAUCCUUACUGGACCCCAGACACAAUUUCUGCCAUUUCUAUGUGAGCUAAAAACUUCUUUCAUUCUUUUUCAUUAUUUGUCUAUUUGCUAUUUCUGCGAGGACUAAAGAAAUUCCACCAAUGGUGCCAGUAUAAGGGUCAAAUGCCCUAUUUUCACUCAUUUUGGUAAACUACCAAUGAUUCCCACUGCAUUUGAUUUAUUUUUUACGUACAUAGAAUCUUUAUUUUCCUUGUAUAAUGUAUACUCUGUUUUACAAACCUGUUUGUGUGUGAAUGUGUUAUAAUUCCCCUUUCACUGAUGGGCUGUGGAAUAAGGAAAACAAACAAACAAACAAACAAACAAACAAACAAACAAACAAACAAACAAACAAACAAACAAACAAACACCCAAACCAAACCAAACCAAACCAAACCAAACCAAACAAACCUGUCUGAAAGCAUUGAAGAAUCUUGUUUCCCAAAUUGAUUUUUAAACAUGCACGCAAAAAUAACCAAUAUUCAAAUUGGGAAUUUAGAAGGAAAAAAUAAUAAAAGUAUUAAGAUAAAAAUCAAUCAGAUAAUAUUGAUAUCAGUUUUGGCAUAGGUAGAGUUUAAGGGGCCGAAAAGUGUCAUUGCAUGUAGAUGACGUUCCUAUAC